GUUCGGUUGAGCAUAGCGUGAAGUUUUGGAGGCAGACAAAAUCUGAAUCACAGCCACAGCACCUCCUGCAUUUCCGACGGCCAUGGCGGUGAAGAUGAAGUGCGGCAUCACCCUUACGUUAUUCAUCCUGACAGCCUCUCUCUGCCCGCCUUCUUCUGCCGCUGCUGACCACUCUUCUUCUGAUGCUGCCGCUGAUUUCGUCAAGAAAACCAUUUCUUCUCACAAAAUCGCCAUCUUCUCCAAGUCCUAUUGCCCGUAUUGUAAAAGGGCAAAGGCUGUUUUCAAAGAGUUGAACCAGGUUCCAUAUGUUGUUGAGCUUGAUCAAAGGGAGGAUGGUUGGAAUAUUCAGGAUGCCCUGAGUGGGAUGGUGGGAAGGCGUACUGUACCACAGGUGUUCAUAAAUGGAAAACAUAUUGGAGGCUCAGAUGAUACUGUUGAAGCUUAUCAAAGUGGAGAUUUGGCUAAGCUUCUGGGCAUUGCUGAGGAGGAUAGUGAUGAUCUCUGAGCAAGGCUAUCCACCUUCAAAGCUACUUGAAACAAGGAAAAUGGGGUUUGCAGCCCAAGUAUUGGCAUGGUAGUUAAUUUUAUAUGCAAUUGCUUAUAAUGCAAUUUUCCUAGUUGUAACGCCUGGUAUUGGUGGAUAAAUCAUUCUAUAUGCAAUUGCUUAUUAAAAAUAAAGUAAUUUUAUGGAUCUUAUA